ACGUGUUAUAACUAAAGAUUCGAGACAAAUAAAAGUAACUAUUGAGAUCGCCUUUGUAUUUGCACAUUAAUAAUUACCGGCAUCCAAAAAUCUAUCAGCAUUAUUCAAAACCAAGUCAUGAUUGUCAGCAGUUUCAUCAAAAACUGAACGAUUUUUUAAACAGAAAAUAGAAAAAAUUCACAAAGUUCGUACAGCUUAAGUGUUUGAAACGUUAAUCAUAAAAUGUUUUUCCACUGCAAAGAACUUUAUGGUCUUGCCUUUCUUACAUCAGUAUUAGGAGGAAAUAGUGAUGAAACGCAAAGCUAUUUUGGCCAAAUCCAACUUUUACAACAGUUCUGAUGUCAGCGGGCUAAAAUCAAACGUUUUCCUUGUGUUAAAUUUCGUUGAUGAAUAAAGCUGAUAAGUUUCACGACUAAAUUUCUACAUCAUCAACAUCUACGUGCUCAGUGAUUUUACAGCGACUCUUUCCUAUCUCAAGUGUACCAUGAUUUUUGCAAUUACUUCCUAUCUUACAAAAACGAUCUAUAGUUCAUUGUGAGUGCAGAGAGUUUUUUCGUCGAAAACAUAUGACGUAGAAAUGUUUACCCUUUUGUGAAUUGUCUGUUUUUGCUUCUUCCUUUCGUUGUUUGGUUGGUGACUGAUCGUUUAUUGUUUUCGCAACCUGACUUAUUAAAUACCCAUAACUGAUUCCCGAUUCACUUGGAAAUGAUUCUUUAUUGUCAUUCUUUCGAUGUUGAUCAACUGUUGUCAUGAAACAGAACAGUGUAUGUAAAUUAGUUGAGAGGAAUUUCAAUGUUAUCUCAGUAGCCCGAAGUUUAAACAAAAACUUUUUUGGUGUUUCAAAAAAACGUGAUGUGAAACUCGAGACGAAAUUUUAAGAAAUUAAGAAAAGUAUAGAGAAUACUUUUUAUAGGAGAGAUAUUCGUUUUUAGAACAAUUUUUAGGUGUUCUUCUCCUGGAUUCGACCUUCCGAAUCCAGGAAGAUUCUACAAUAAACCCCGUUCUAACCGCUCGAGAGAGUUAUACAUUUAGUGCUUUAUCACUAGCAGUUGCUAGUAAAAGUACCCAAAAAAUGGAAAGCAAAAUUACUGCGUGAUUUUUUUUUAUACGUUUCCCCUAUUUUUGCUGUUCUCUUUCUACCUGACAAGUAUUCGUCCCAUUUUUUGUUGUAUUUUGUUUACAUUAAAGUGUUACAUUUUUUUACCGACAAAAAUAUCUUAAACGGUAUAGAACGUUUUUUUUCCUUGUAUCAUUCACAGCUCUCUUCUUUGUAUGGACCACGAUCGGAAAUGGCGACCGUACACUAUCAUGGUCAUCUCUUGUUACAAGUACUAGCGCAUAAUAGUCUGUGUUUUUCGUCAUGCUUUGCUCGUGAAUCAUAUUUAGCUGAUGCGUUGAAAUGGUGUCACGGAAAAAGAUAUGUCCUACAGCAGCUUGUAACAUGGUACGAAGUUGACCAGAACACAAGAGAACAAAAUUUUUUUUCUGUUAACAACAUUUUUUUUAAAGAAAAAUUCUGUGAUGAUUACGUUGAUUAUCGUUUUAUUUCUUCUCUUCAACAACAUUUUUCUACGUGUUUAAAAGAUAUUACUCAGGAUACUACAAAAUGUGUGUUUUUUUCUCGUUAUUAUCGUGGGCUUUCUUGUUGCCACUCCCUUUCUUAUUCUAGGCGUGGUAACGCAAUCAGUCAUUUUGUUUCUGUGAAGUGUGAUGAGUGUUCUGUGCCUCGCAAAUCUUGCUUUGGUUGCGUUCUUUUUUUCUUUUCUGCUAACUAUGUUCGUUAUGCUUUUAUCAGACAGCAUGAAUGUGCGCAACGUAGUCUACUUGAUCUUCUAUGUGUGUCAACUCCUAGUUUUUUGAAAAAAUAUAUUGAUUUCUACUUUAAAUUUUCUAACGGGAAUGCUUUUUUGUAUAAAAUUGUUCCUGUAUCGUUUCUUUUGAAAAAAGUUAUAAAAAUUAAUUGUUUAGAAAGUGAUAACUGUUUUAUAUAUACGGAUAUCGAGUUCGAUUUUGAACAUGAUUGAAUUGUAUAUUGUUGAUAGUGUUGCUAAUAAAUAAAACGUUGUUAUUUGUCUCGACACCCACAUUUGCUGGGUGUUUUUUACCCUCCUUCUCUACGUUAUAGGCACUGACAAGAAAAAGACUGCUUGUGCUAAUGCUUAUCUUGCGUUUCUCUUGAGUGUAUUCACUCGAUACAAUACUCGAGUGGAUAUUUUCUUAAGCUCUGUAGACUAGAUAUUGCACCUCACGUUUUUUUAACUUAAGUGCAUAUGUAGCCAUAGGUAUGUGCUGAAUUAGAGUAGCUCACUGUAGCUCAAAUCAGGUUUAUGUCCGGUGUAUCUGUUAACUCCUUAUCUAAUGCUUUUUGCAUUUAUGUCUAGCUGUGUAUUUUAGUUUUAGAUAUUCUCACAUCAUGAAUUAAACUAAUCUAUAUCACUGAUUUUCUACAAUCAAAACGACCAUGAAUUAUCCACGAAUAUCGCAACGAUCAAAAAGAAAAAAUCAAUUGUAUGAUGAAAAUACGUAUUGUCUCGUUUCGUUUACUGGCAAGGAAAAACAUUCUAUUGUUCCAAAACAAUUGUGUGAAUGUUGACACCGUCGAUGAGAAUAACGGAUCAAUUCGAUGUUCCGGCGUUUUACAACCUAUUCAAAUAAUUCAACACGGUAAUGUCUCGUUGUCCAUGUAAGAGAUAAUUUUACAUUCUCUGUAACCAUCUUUCAGGAUCAAAAGAAGAUUGUCACAUUAGUGAAACAGCGUAUAAAAAGCAAACUGGUAGUGAAGAAGUGGAAGUACAAUUGUUUUAUGAAAAAGAUAUAGAUGAUGAUCACAUGUAUGAUAGAAGGAAAGGAUAUGACGAUGACGAAUGGGAGCCAAGUGAUAUAUUAUUGGACGAGCCAAGCGAUAUGGAUACCGAAAUUUAUGACGAGAAUAAACAACUGGAAGCCGAUGUGCCAUUAAUCUCGGCUGAUUUAUUAGCAAACACAACACUUGACGUUUCUGAUGAAUGUGUCAAAGACAAAAAGAAAAGAAAAAACCUGUCGGCGCAAGGAUCAGCGAAAAGAACAACAGAUGAAAAUACGAUGUUGAAAAUUGAAGUAGUCAAUUUAAAGAAAGAACUUAAUUUACACAAACAAAAGACCGAUCAAAGAUUUCAACCGCUGGAAAAAAUUUUACGGUUUGUUUUGGGUAUUGACAUUUCCAAAUUCGAUUAUGCGUUUAACGAACAUACCAAAUAUGCUCGUAAAAUCGUACGAAGACUGGGUAUGGCCGAAAAUCCAGAUUUAUUUUUAUCAAAUCAGCAAUACAUGAAGGAACUUGAAGAUUCAAUGAAAAAACGCGAUAAUUCGUUAUCAGACGAAACAACAUUAUCGUCUCAAUUACACGUUGUGAAAAAAUCUUUACGCCAAUUGAAACAAGACGAAAAAAGAAAAAGAGUGAUGCAGCAACAACGACGAGAUCUGAAAUUGUUGGUAGAACUACGUGAUAAUCCGCCGAAAUUUGUUGAUGAUGAAUCAAAAUCAGUUGAUGAACAACUAAAAUCACCGAGUGAUCUGACAAGUGAGUCGAAUGAAAGAACAAUGAAUGAGAAAGAAAAUAUGACUGGAACAGUAUCAAACGAGACACUCGAAGACGCGAACAAUUUGAACAAGGGUUAG